AUGGAAGCACAGGAGAUCCCUCACCAGCCCGCUUCUAGAGGCAUUCCUUCCGAGAGCCUGUCAGUAGGAUAUUCCCCGCCUGAGCCUCCGUCCGCAGAAGAUGCUCCGUCGCCUCUGCUAGCCGCAGAACGCACAUCGAUCCGCCGAAGCAGUGCUGGAUGCAGCACCAGUUUCAGCCAGCUGACAAUGAGCCCCUGUGUGUCUCCGGAAAAGAAGGACUUACCUCGGGAAGCGCCGAAGCUUGGCGAAGGCGGCAACUGGCAGUGUCACUUCUGCCUGAACGUCAACUACCCCCGGCGGACUGUCUGCAACAGGUGCAUGACAGAAAGAAGCAAAGAAAACACGCAGCGCGUGUCGGAGUUCAUGCGCCUCAAAGAAGGCUUCCUCAGCAUGGGGCUUGACAGUCAGACUGCUACUUCCGCAGCUGCAGCGCAACAAGCGCAGCUCUGCUGCCCCCAAAUGCUCGCACAUCCCGAUGAAUUCAAGAAUCCGUCAUCUUUUCUGAAGAUUUACGGGGAUCCCUUGUGCUCUGUCGCUGCCUUCUGCUCCUCGAGCAGCAGCAGCAGCAGCACCAGCACCAGCAGCAGCAGCAGCACACACCUUGCGCCGAACAAGGCUGGCAACUGGAUCUGCAGCAGCUGCAAUAACGUGAAUUUUCCAAGGCGCUUCCGCUGCAACAAAUGCCAAGAAGCUAGGUCGACGGAGGCUGACAAAAUCGUGGCUGAGUAUGCCCGUGCGGUGUACAUGCACCACGUGGCAGAAACUGCGUGGCAUGCAGCAGCAACAGCAGCAACAGCAGCAAGAGCGACAUGGUCUGCCGCAGUCUUCCGAGGAAGCCUCCCAGCCUGCCUCGUUCCUCCAUCGUAA